CAGCUAGCCGGUAGCGUAGACACUUGAGUUUGUAAACAAUUUUAAAUAGAUUGGAAAUUGUUGUUAAAAAUUAAUACAUUUUAAUUUUUGUUUCGAUCGACGUCAAAUGGAAGAAAACAUAUUUGGUUCCGGUGUAAAACUUCCAAGUUUACCAGGUUUACAGUCUGGAUUAGAAGAUGAAAUUCUUUUCCUGAUAAGAGAAGUUGACUUAGAAUUCCAGAGCAAACACAAAGAGCUCUUGACUGAAUUGACUAGGUUACGGAAAUUAUGUGUAACUCAAAGCGCUCAGAUUGAGAACUUGAGAACUGCUCUUGUAUCCGAUAAAGAUGAAAGCAGAAUCAAAGAUUUAGAAGAACAGCUAAAAUCAUCAGCAAAAUAUGUAGAAAAGUUGCAAAAUGAAAAUUUUCAUCUUAAACAAGAAAACAAUAACUUAAAAAAGAAAAUCCGGAAUGGAAAUGAAAAUGAAGUUCAUUCCAGCUUAAUGAAGAGUUUAAAAAUUGAACAGGAAGAAAAUAAAGCUCUUAGAGAAAAAUUGUUGAGGUUGAAUCAGCAUUGUGAGAAACUGCAGUCCAGUGCUCAAACUAUUUCAAAAAGCUCAAGACUUCGAGAAAGUGACGCAUUGGAACAAAGACAAGUUAAUGCUUCUAAUGUGUUACAAACGGAAAUUGCUUCCAUAGCUGAAAAGUUUAUGAAAGAGGAAGCUGAACAGUGCAAGAAUCUCGAGUUACAGAUGAGUGAGGAAAUCUCUUCCUUAGGAAAAAAAUAUUCUGAAGUAUCAUAG